AUUUGACAACGAUUCUUGCUUGUAGUUCUCUUGCCUUGUAUUUACCAAUCAUUAGCUUCAGGAAGCAACGGUAGCAGCAGAAGUUAUCUCUGACUCUGUCUCUCAUCACCAUUUCUCUCUAAAAUUUCAGGUCGACCGCAACAUAGCAUUCAGAGUUCCGCGUUCAGCUAGAAGAGCCAGAGAAUGAUCAAAAGGUAUGGAGCAUUUUGAUACACAGGAGAUACCAUGUUGCAGUGUUUUGAUGGAAUAAAACAUUUGGGCACUUCCCUACUACGUUGCUGUGAUCUUGAUAGACAACCACGGGGCCUUGAUGAUCCUGAAAUCCUUGCACGAGAGACCGUGUUUAGUGUCAGUGAAAUUGAGGCACUCUAUGAGCUAUUUAAAAAGAUCAGCAGUGCUGUGAUUGAUGAUGGCCUGAUAAACAAGGAAGAGUUUCAAUUAGCGUUAUUUAAAACAAACAAAAAGGAAAGCUUAUUUGCUGAUCGGGUGUUUGAUUUGUUCGAUACAAGGCAUAAUGGAAUCCUGGGUUUUGAGGAGUUUGCUCGUGCACUAUCUGUUUUUCAUCCAAAUGCCCCUAUUGAUGAUAAGAUUGAAUUUUCUUUUCAAUUAUAUGAUCUCAAGCAACAAGGUUACAUUGAGAGACAAGAGGUGAAGCAAAUGGUGGUUGCUACCCUAGCUGAAUCUGGUAUGAACCUUUCAGAUGAUGUUAUUGAGAGUAUCAUUGACAAGACAUUUGAGGAAGCUGAUACAAAACACGACGGGAAGAUUGAUAAGGAGGAAUGGAGAAGUUUGGUCUUGCGACACCCUUCACUUUUGAAGAAUAUGACCCUGCAGUACCUCAAGGACAUAACCACCACUUUCCCAAGCUUCGUCUUUCACUCAAGGGUUGAGGAUUCGUGAUAGAAGAAUCAUGCAGUUAUAUGAGGUUGUUUAUGGAAUAGGAGUUUCUUUGUUUCCCUCCCCAGCCAUUUUGCUGUAUCAUUUCAGAGUCACAUUAAAAGUGAGUAUUUGAUUUGUGUUUGGUGUCUGUUUUUCUAUUUCAAGUUAAAUGAUUUGUUAUUCUUUUGUUGUGACAAGUGAUUAUGUAUAUUUGAGCGAGUGAUGUAAUUCAUAUCUUGCCAUCUUGAGACACCCACUGGUAUACUUUGGAAUUUGGAUGUAAUGAUGUAUAGUACAGAAAUAGCAGUGAGGUUCUUAUAUUAUAUGGUUUUUUUUUUGAAUUUGAUUGUAUUUCAAUUAAAUAUGAUGUAA